AACAAUAUACCCUUAAAUGAUUGUGUCGGGAGGGAGGAUCUUGGGAGGAGGUCGCAGAGGUCUAGCCUGCACCUUACGUGUUCGGGCAUUAAAAGGGGUUAAUUCACCAACAGCGCUCAUAACACAGAAAGACUCUGACACAUUCCACACCCGUAAAACAAGUAUCGGACCAAGUUUAUCGGUAUCAAAACAACGCUUAAAAGUGUAAAGUAACACAUUAAACGCACCGGGUAUCACCAGUCCGGACGUAUGGAGAUGAAUUGUAAUAUGAAGGUGCUGUGCCUGCUAUUCGCAACAGUGGUGACCGUUAGAGGCCAUGGUCGACUAUGGGAACCACCCUCUCGUUCGUCGAUGUUCAGGCGAGGGUACACCACCCCUCCUAACUACAACGACAAUCAACUCAACUGUGGUGGUUUUGCGAAUCAAUGGAGUGCCCCGAACAGAGGUAAAUGUGGUAUAUGUGGCGAUCCAUACAACGGUGACCGUCUGAACGAGGCUGGCGGCAAAUACGCCACUGGGCUGAUAACCCGGAAGUAUUUGGAGGGUCAGACCAUCGACAUUGAUGUGCAAGUAACUGCUAAUCACUUGGGAUGGUUCGAAUUUCGUAUUUGUCCAAAUAACAACGUCAAGAAAGCCGCAACACAAAAAUGCCUUGAUCAGCAUGUCCUGCAGUUGGCUGAUAGAAGUGGCACCAAGUAUUAUAUAUCCAGCGACGUUGGCCAUUACAAAAUGAAAUACACACUUCCGACCGGCCUAGCCUGCACGCAGUGCGUGUUGCAAUGGAAAUGGCAUGUUGGCAACAGUUGGGGGACGGACCCAGACGGCCGAAGUGGGAUCGGAUUUGGGCCACAAGAGGAGUUUUAUGGGUGUUCUGAUGUGGCUAUACAGGGGUCAGAUACCGUGAAGCCAAUGACCACAUCAAAUGUACAUAAACCCACAACUACCACUGAUAAAAUCACAACUACUACUCCUAGACCAACUACUACCACUGCUAAACCAACUACUACCACUACCAAACCCACAACUACUACUCCUAAGCCAACAACAACUACUCCUACACCAACUACUACCACUGCUAAACCAACAACUACCACUGCUAAACCAACAACUACCACUGCUAAACCAACAACUACCACUGCUAAACCAACGACUACCACUGCUAAAUCAACGACUACCACUCAUGGACCGACAACUACUCCGAAACCGACAACGACAAAUCCCAUGCUGACUUCAAAACAAGAAACAAACAAAGGAGAUCCGGCUGCGGCUGCGCAAAGUAGUACCUGCAUAGUAGUUGUGUCGCCUGUGUACUCUCAAGUUCCUGGGAUGUUGAAGUGGUGUCGAAUGAACUGCGCUAGAGGCUAUUGUCCCCGGACCCACUGCAGAUGCGUGUAGCACAGCAUAUUAGUUCAAACAAGGGCAGGCUCUUUAUUAACAUUUCAUUCUGAGUGCAUUUCCUUAUGCGUGAUAUAUUUAUAUCGAUACCCUAGGUUUGCAUGUUGUUAUAUGAUAUUGUGAACCUUUUACGAUUGAAAGAUAUUUCAUCUCAAGGGACGCAUUUACAUACCAAGGCUUAUAUAUUAUUCUUUCUAUUCAAAUCAUGAUUGUUUCUGGUAAAACAUGAUUACGUAUAAAACGAGGCCAUAUUGAAACAUUGGAAAGAGUGUGGUUUACAUCAAAGAAGCAUGCAAGACCUUAAUGAGAAUCUUGUGCAAUAGUUUUUGUAGUAAAAUGGUGAUCUCUUUGAGGAUUGGAGUAGAAGCCAAAUGGUGCUUUGAUUGGGUUUCGAUUAUGACGUCAUAAUGCAAUUCUUCAUCUGAUUGUGACAUUAGGAUAACCAAGACCACUUUUAGUAAUGUCGAAUAAAUAGAAUUUUCAAUUUUCAUGGGAGAGAGAAAGUGGGAGUUCAAUUCCAAGAGUUCUGAUUUGACAAAAGCAAAGGGCUUGUUAAUUGCUUUGUAUAUAAGAAUCAUUACGCCAAGUUUGAGACCAUCCUAGGGAAUGAAUUAUUUUCCCUGUUGGACCUCAUAUGACAACAAUGGUAAUACAAUGGUGAUGAAUUUUCCAUCAAUGAAAUUAAAAAAACAACUUGAUGUAUAUUAUUCUGAAUGCUUUAUUUAACAAUAAAUGGCGAAUGUUCACUUUCAUUUCUGUAAAAUCACAAAAUCACUUAUAUCAAUAGCAAACAAUACAUGUACAUGUACUUCUAUUUAGAUUUGCGUCUAGAGGCGGUAGUAAUUUUGUUGCGAAAAUCGUGAAUUAUCUCUAUAACUUUUUUUCGGAAAAAUAUGUUUUAUUCUUAAAAUGAAUAUUAAUUAUGUUAAACGUAUCUGUGUAAUAAAUGUUAUGCUGCAGAAAUUAA